AACCUGUAGGAUUUAUUUUAGUCUUAAAAGUUUUCUAACCCCUCAUGAUUAUUAUUUCGAAAAAUAUGACCGGAUAUUGUGGUAUUUUUCUUGGUACUUGACUGUUAUAUCAAUCAAAUAUCUUGGCACAAUAUCAGUUUGUUAGCCUCAAAUUAAACAACAUAGUGUCCUAAAUGGGAAGAUAUAAAUGUGCCUACAACUGCGGAAGCUCCAGCGAGACAGAUGUGAAGUAUUUUAAGUUUCCCCUGUACAAUCCCAGAAAACUGAAGAAAUGGCUUCUCAACAUGAAGUGGAAGGACUGGACCCCAUCUCGCUUCUCAGUGCUGUGCAUCGAUCACUUCGAGGAACAAUACAUCGACAGAACCGGAAAAUGUGUGAAACUGCGAGAAGAUGCAGUUCCAACCAUAUUUUCACCCCCUGGCGAUGCACAGAAAAGGAAGGCUUCCAGCUCCCCAAGAAGUAAGAGAAACAAGCCCCCUGGUGUUAAAGCAUCACAGAGGAGUCCAGCCCAGUCUCCAACAACGACUCCUGUCAGGGCAAAGAGAAGAGUCCAGAGCAAAGAGGCCAGACAGACAGAAGAGCCUGCUGGAGACAAAGACCCGAAAAAGUCAAAUGACAAAUGGAGGAUUAUAGUUGAUGAAGGGCUGUUGAAAAUAGAGUCAUUUCCACAUUUCUUCCAUGGAGAUUAUUGCGAACCACGCGAUAUUCAGUGGGCUCCAGACGACAAUUUGAGCACAGCGUGUGAAGAUCCUGAAAAGGUGAUAGAGGUGAAGGCGCCGUGGCAGUGGCUUGGCCUGGAUGUCAGGGGUCCGCUGCAUCAAACACUGAACGGGAACAAAUACAUCUUGACUGUAACGGACUACUACUCCAAGUGGGUGGAAGCUGUGCCUAUGCAGUCUUGCCUCCCCCCAGAUGUGGCAAAGCAGAUCGUGGAAAUAAUCGCACACUUUGGAUACCCGUUCAGAAUCCUCUCCAGACUGCCUCAUGACAUUGUCCACAAAAUCAACAGAGAACUGAAAGAUCAGCUGAAGGUCUCCAUGGCUCUUGUUGUCUAUCAUCAGCAGACGGGCACUUUGGAUUUGAUCACACAGCAGAUGAUUGACCGGAUGGUUAGUGAUAUAACAGAGGAGCAUGCGCCUGACUGGGAUGUGUAUUUGCCUGCCAAGGUUUUCAGUCUGUGUUUCAAAGAGCAUUCAAAAACCAAGGAAAGACCCUUUUCAGUGCUCUGCUGUAAGGGACCAGAGCCUGUUCAUUCCCCCAGAGGACUGAAUUAUGCUUACUCCAAGAUCCGGGAGAGUGCUUUUGUGGUGAGAUAGAUAUUUGUAGUUUAUUUGGUCAAUUGAUGUGGAAGGAAAACUGUUGGGGUCAUUAACAAAGCGGGGAAGAAGAUUAUUUUAUGGUCAUGGAAGUGCUUUGACCUGUCAUGGAAAUGUGCUAGAUUUCUUCGUGGCUCUUUGCCUUAUUGUUUGUUGUCUAUGUAAUUAAAAUAUAGACAUGCAUUUCUUUUAAAUGAGAAUUGUUUUGAUUAUGUGGCAUUUGCAAUAUGAGAAUUCGAUGUGUUU